GUUGCUACGUGUCUCCCUAUCCUUUAUUACCUCCUUCCCCGACUCACUCACAAGUCACCAGCACCAGACUUGAGCACAGCCUCUCCCAGCAGUUAGACCAGCUCUGCAGUUACCACCAUGUCUAAAACGAGGUCCACAAAUGUGGUUCUUCAAUCGCACCAUGUAAGCAGAAGUAAAAGAGGGCAAGUUGUAGGAACGAGAGCUGGCUUCCGGGGUUGUACAGUGUGGUUAACAGGUCUAUCCGGGGCUGGUAAGACAACAUUAGGCUUUGCGCUAGAAGAGUAUUUGGUCACUCACGCCAUCCCCUGCUACUCACUUGAUGGAGACAAUAUUCGCCAUGGCCUAAACAGAAACUUGGGUUUUUCUUCUGAGGACAGAGAGGAGAACAUCCGUCGUAUAGCAGAAGUUGCAAAGCUCUUUGCAGACGCUGGUCUGGUUUGCAUUACAAGUUUCAUCUCUCCGUAUACAAAGGAUCGUAAUGAAGCCAGGAAAAUUCAUGAAGCUGCGGGGUUGCAAUUCUUUGAGAUCUUUGUGGAUGCCCCGUUGAAUAUUUGUGAAAGUCGAGAUGUUAAAGGCUUGUACAAAAAGGCCCGAGCAGGAGAAAUCAAAGGAUUUACAGGAAUUGAUUCUGGAUAUGAAAAACCGGAUGCUUCAGAACUGGUGCUUAAAACUGAUGUCCACAGUGUAAAUGACUGUAUACAGCAAAUAGUUGACCUUUUACAAGAACGGUCCAUUGUCCCAUCUAGUGCUAUAAAGGAGGUACAUGAGCUGUUUGUGCCAGAGAACAAGCUGAGCCAGGUUCGGGACGAAGCAGAGUCGUUGGCUUCUUUCGAAAUCACAAAGCUUGAUCUCCAGUGGGUGCAGGUUCUGAGUGAAGGCUGGGCCACUCCCCUUAAGGGGUUUAUGGGGGAGAGAGAAUAUCUACAAGUUAUUCACUUUGACACUCUUUUGGAUGGAGGAGUAAUAAAUUUGAGCAUUCCCAUUGUGCUGCCUAUUUCUGACGAACAUAAGGAACGGCUGGCUGGCUCCAAAGCUUUUGCUCUUGAAUACCAAGGGAAAAAGGUUGCAGUCUUGAGGAAUCCAGAGUUUUUUGAGCACAGAAAGGAAGAGAGAUGUGCACGUGUCUGGGGCACAACUUGUUCAAAGCAUCCUCAUGUUAAGAUGAUCCUGGAAAGCGGAGACUGGCUGGUUGGAGGAGAUAUUGAGGUGCUGGAAAGAAUUAAAUGGGAUGAUGGACUAGACCAAUACCGCCUUACACCUCUGGAGCUGAAACAAAAGGCUAAAGAAAUGAAUGCAGAUGCUGUUUUUGCAUUUCAACUGCGAAACCCUGUGCACAAUGGGCAUGCUUUGCUAAUGCAGGACACCCGUCGCCACCUGCUGGACAGGGGGUAUAAGUGUCCGGUGCUUUUACUUCACCCGUUGGGUGGUUGGACUAAAGAUGAUGACGUACCUUUGGACUGGCGAAUGAAGCAACAUGCAGCUGUGUUAGAGGAAGGAGUCUUAGAUCCUAAAUCUACAAUUGUUGCAAUCUUUCCAUCCCCAAUGCUGUAUGCAGGACCGACUGAGGUUCAGUGGCAUUGUAGAGCUCGUAUGAUUGCUGGAUCUAACUUCUACAUCGUGGGACGGGACCCGGCUGGCAUGCCCCACCCUGAGACCAAACAGGAUCUGUAUGAGCCCACACAUGGAGGGAAGGUCCUUAGCAUGGCGCCGGGACUGACAUCUGUUGAAAUAAUUCCCUUUAGAGUUGCUGCCUAUAACAAAGCACACAGCGCUAUGGAGUUCUAUGACAAGGAAAGACACGAUGAGUUUGACUUUAUUUCUGGAACUCGCAUGAGAAAGCUGGCACGUGAAGGCGAAAACCCCCCAGACGGCUUCAUGGCACCAAAAGCCUGGAAAGUCUUAACAGAUUACUACUGUUCUUUAGAGAAAAAUGGUUGAAAGUAAAUUCAGCAGCAAGUCUGCCUGGAAUUCUGAAGUAGUUAUUUUAUAAUUCAAUUUAUUUUAUAUACUAAUUAGUAAAUAUCAAUUUUAUAGUUUUUAUAAUACAUUUUAAAUGGCUCUUUUUUUGUACCCAAAAUUGUAAUGUGGCAACUUUUAUCAUAUUGAGAGUAUGUAUUGUAAUUAUCACAUAAUAAAUAUUUUUAUGAGGGAACAAGUAUGAUAUAUUACUCAUUUUAUAUCAGCUUCCCUUGAAAGUAAAGAGAUUAUUUACAAAAGGUUUUUAAAGACAAAAUAAUUAUCAUAAAAAAAUCAUUGUGUAAUGAUAGAAUUGGAAUCUGAAUUCAGCUUAUUGAACAUGCUGCUUUAUUUUAUAAUAAAAAAAUAACAAACAAUAUGAUUUCUGCAUUUAAUGGUUCUGUUUUUCAAAUUGGAGCAAAUUUGUGAUUAUCUUUAUCUCCUAAUCAGAGAUACAAUCAGUAGGAUAUGUCUGCUGAUGUCAUAGAAACAUAUCUAAUAUUAUACAUUUGUGUGACAUAACUGAAAGCUGAAUUUCCAGAUUCCCGAUAAAAUGUGAAUUCACACAAUAGUUGUUUUAACGGGUAGUAAACAUCUUGAGAUUUUUUUAUAAAAAAAUGUUUAGUAAUGUUUAAAGAAACAACUUUGCAAUAUAUUUCCAUUAUUUAUUUUGUCCCUUUUCAUGUAAUUUAGCUCUGAAAAUUGAGCAAUCUCUUAUUUUUUGAUCUUGAGAUGCACCCUGCUGACUUAUGAAGGCUAACCCUGCUACAUAUAUGUCCCUAAUUGUAUUUGCCAAAUAACAACUGCAAAACAAUGCAUUUUAUACAAACUUUAUGAUAGUGGCUAGCCUUGUCUGUGGACUAAAGCUCAGAUUGUCUUCUUUAAAUAAGGCAAAUGGAGUGGAGUUUGGCUAUAUAAUUGCAGGGAAAAAAAUCUGUUAAUUUGUUUUAAAAACAUUGACUUAGCAGGCAUGUUAUUAUAUAGCAACACAACAAAAAUGUCUGGUGAUUACAAGGUGUUUACUGUCCCUUUAAAUAACUAUUUCUGUGCAAGGUAGAGACAUUACACAGGUAAAAGGAACAAUGUCACUGAAGUUCUGUUGUAUUCAGACAGGGCAAAUCACUUUUUGUCAUUUUUAUUAGCACUUGAAAUAGUUUUUGCAUUAUUUAACCCACUGGUUGCCAGAGAUUGCAUAGCAAGUACUUGCUACUAUCUUGGGCAGACCAUUUAAAUUUCCAGCAAAAAGAUUUAAAUACUUUGUAAAAUCAUAUAAUUAUGUAAGAAUUGUUAGUAUUUCUUGUAAAAUGUUUCUUAUUUUUAAAGGGACAGAAAAUCUAUCGUAUGUAUGAAAUAGAACUAUUUAAACAUGUUAAAAUAUUUUUUGAAUGAAGAAAAAAAAAACUUUAUUUUGAUUUUGACACUAACAGUAAGCGCAUGUCUUUGUGCAACAAUGCCUUAAAGGGACAACAGGCCAAAAAGCAAAAUGUGUAGCAUAGGUUUUCAAAAUCCUGCUUUUUUUACUUCCUGGUGGGUGUCGGACAUGCUCAUUUUUACACAAAAGAAAGACGUGCCCUUUUAAGGAUGGAUUUUCAUUAACUAAUUUAUUGAUGGACAAUAACACAAAUACAAAGUAUAAAAACAUUUUUUUUUCUUUUUUCAGUAUCGGAACAUGUGUUUUACAAAAAAAUCACAUUUUAAACAGCCCUAUUGUAAUGUAAAAGGGUCUGAUGAUCUAAAGCCCUCUGCUCUGGCAAAAUUAUCCAAGAGGUCUUGUAAGUGCUGCAAUGUCCCUCAAAUAAUUUUAGAAAGGCAAAUUUUAACUUGAAAGCUGGAUUUGAAAGAAGACACCUACAUUACAACAGGGAUUGACAAACCUAGACGCCAGGAAGCCAGUGGCAUCUUAACAUUAGGCCCUGGCUCCCUGGUUUAGAGUUCUCAAGUCUAGAGUUUCCCCCACUUCCCCCUGCGGGCCACCACCAGAUGUAAAACUUAGCUUGGUGCGGCUGUAUUUUUUCUAUGCAUUGUAGCUGUGAAAUACUAAUCCAAAUUGUAUUGGGUUAUUAUAUAAUAUAUAUAUGUGUGGUUAGAAUAUAUAUAAUUUGUCAAUCAAUAAUGAUCUAAUGCUCAGUAAAGCCCCCAAACAUUUGUGUCAUUUCAGCGAGUUUUUUUAAAAUCAGGCCUAAAUUAUUUGUUGCCUUUGUAGGGCUGGCAAACGAAAGAAGAACUAUUUAUAAAGAUGAACAAAUGGAUGAUGUACUAAAAAUAGAUUUCUGCACAAUGUGAAUUUUUUUAAUAGAAUAACCCUGAACCUCUACUGAUUCCCUCUGCAUCAAUGUUUCUGUAAUGGCAUCACCAGAUAGGAUUUUUUUUAAUGUAUUGGUGCAAUACAUUUUACCUUUUUUUAGUAGAUGUGGGAAACAUGACUGCAAAGUGCAAAUACCUGUAUAUGAGACAUAAGGUCCAUGUUCUUCAAAAUAAUUGCAUAAGGCUAAAUUGUAAGCAUACUAUUUUUUUAACUUAUAACAUUUAAGGUCCAAAAGUGUCCAUUUAAUGUGUCAAAGUAGCACCUGGCAUGGGCAUAUUGACAAGGACAUUAAUCACAGCUCAGAACUUGUUCACAUUGCACAAAACACAUUUUCAGUAGUUUUGGAAGCAGUUGGUUAAAGUGACAUUUAACACUAUAUACAUAUUAUAAGCCUAGUAUUGAGGUUAUUCCAUGCUCCAUCUAGUCAUGGGAGCCGCCAUUUUGUAAUCUGUCUUUCACUGCAUGUCAGUGUUUGCACAUCUGCAUCAUCUGGCCUUCAGAUACCUGCAGAGAAACCUAGGUUCCUAAAUGGUGGAACCCAUAAUUAGAGGAGGGUGCUGAAAUGUAUUUUGUGUGUUUAUUGUUCCUUUAUCUUCAAUGUGCAACUCUUGAAGGGAAAAAAGAAAAUGUCAGGCUGUGUGUUUUAGUUUCUUCCUCUAUACAAAUGUUGUUAAUGCUGUUUUUUUUUGUUUUUUUUUAAAUAUUAUAACCGAUCUGACUUCUAGCUUUGUAUGGUAUAUGAGUACAUUUUAAUACAAAUCAGUUUAAAAUCUAUUUAUUAAAAAAAAAAUAUUGAAAUUUCGUCCAAUUUUUUUAAGUUUCUCAUUGUUUUAUGUUAUCUGGAAAACAUGAUAUGAAUAUUCUUAUAUAAUAUUAAAUAAAUAUUUCUAUAUUUA